AUGAACGGGCCAGCGCCGCCGCUCACGUUGCUGACACCAGGCUUUGCCCACUACUCUCUCGCCUGGUCUCCGUUCCACAGCACCCGUCUCGCCGUUGCGUCUUCUGCAAAUUAUGGGCUGGUCGGCAAUGGGCGACUUCACCUCGUCUCCCUCGGACAAGGUCCAGGAGGUGUACCGGGCCUUUCUCUCGACAAGCAAUACGAUACGCAAGAUGGCUUGUAUGACGUUGCGUGGUCGGAGGUGCACGAAAACCAGCUUGUGACUGCGUCAGGAGAUGGCUCAAUCAAACUGUGGGAUGUCAUGCUCAAUGACCUGCCAAUACGUGCCUGGCAGGAGCACUCUCGCGAGGUCUUCUCGGUCGAUUGGUCGAAUAUACAGAAAGACACGUUUAUCUCCUCAUCGUGGGACGGUACGGUUAAACUGUGGACUCCCGACCGCCCGCGCUCAGUAACCACACUGCAGGCACACCGCUCUUGCGUCUAUCAAGCCCUCUUCUCCCCCCACCAGCCGGACACGAUUGCCACAUGCUCGACGGACGGCACGCUCAAGAUCUUCGACUUGCGCGCUCCCGCAUAUGCGCCGACCGGGAGCACCUUCACGGACCCCCUCUCCUUCGCUGCGCUGACGGUUCCCGCGUCUGGCACGGAGUUGCUUACGCUAGACUGGAACAAAUACCGCCCGUUCGUGCUCGCGUGCGCGGGCGUCGACCGCACCAUUAAGGUGUGGGACUGUCGCAUGAUCAAGACCGGCGCGGACGCGACGCAGCAGGCCGUCGGCGGGACGUGCGAGGCGUCCCUCGUCGGGCACGAGUAUGCCGUGCGCAAAAUUAAUUGGAGCCCACACCGCCCGGAUGUAAUUGCAAGUGCGAGCUACGAUAUGACGUGCAGAGUGUGGUCUGCGAAUCCGACGGCAGCUGGGACGCAUUUGUUGUAUAUUCACGACGCACAUACGGAGUUUGUCGCCGGCUGUGGAUGGUCGUUGUAUGAUGAAGGUGUUUUGGCCAGUUGCGGGUGGGAUUGCAAGCUCAAUGUAUUUCAUGUAUAA